UAAGAUAUGUCAAACGUUAAAAACGUCAAAACUGGAUAAAUUAAAUCAGAAAACGUGAACUCGUGGUGGAUUGGAUUUGUUUACAAAAAAAAUCAGUGGAAAUAUCUAAAAUAAGUGUGAAAUCAAUAUUCAGUGAAAAGUGCGACAAUCCCAAAACGAUAAAAUGAGUCAAGUAUUACAGAAACUACGGAAUGUCGAUCCAAACGACAGUGAUGCGGUGAAAGAAGCAAUAACUUCUUUCAUCCAGAAUUUGCUGAAACAUGUAGACAACAACAGCAACGUAUGGCUACGUGCUUUGGAAGAUGUGUUAACCCGCUACCCGAGAUAUUGUUCUCAACACCGACCUAUUAUAGAGAAGUUCAUAGUUCAUUUCUUGGAAUCUAGUAACUAUUACAAUGUCAUCAUCGCAGCCAAAUGUGCUCACGCCCUACAGCAGAUUCGCCCCUCCCAGGACAAGCUGGCUAGUCCUAAGAACUGCUGGAGGGAACAGAUGUCUAUACUAUGUAACAGCGCUCAUGCACUGAUAGAAGCCAUAUUUUCGAAUACUAUAAAUGUUUACAAAAACAACCGCAGUGUUAAGAAAAAGGAUGCAGAACUCUUGGGUAACAGUGCACUGACAGUAGCACUAUCAAACAUCUUGAAUACAAAGAAAACACACGGGUCUAGCAGUGAAGAGAAGAAGACGGUGCUCUGUAACAAGCUAAGGAAUGUAUUCGUGUUUAUACAAGCUAUGCUGGUGGAAGUAUAUCCAGUGGCGAAGCCGGUACAACCACAAGUGAUACUAGAAGUGAUAGUGCAAGCACUCAGUGUCUCUAGUAGUGUCAAUACCGAUAUGGAGGAAGCUGGCACUGUCAAGACACAGGCACUUAGGACUUUAGAUGCUCUCAUUCUGUGCUUGGGACCAAACCUCAUUCCAUUCUCGGGUCUGGUGUUCAGAUUUGUAAUGCAGACACUUAAGUGGAGUACAGAGAAUCCCAGCGAACAGUCACGAAAAGUCCGCAUCACAGCGUACAACAGCCUUAGCAAAUGGUUGGGUAUUCUCCACGCGCACCGCCUCUCCAGCGAGGGUAGAGCCCGGUCCUGGGAGGAUGAUCUCACCAAACACAUCAUUCAAGAUAUCACACCGCCUAAGAAGAUCGUACAACUCACUAUGAGCAAUCAAUAUACUAAAAACUUGAGUAAGAAAGCUAAAAGGAAGCUCGCGAACACAAUGUUACAACAAAGUACAAUAUCUAGUCAUAUGCCCGGCGAGAAGAAUAAGGCAGAUGUUUCUGAGGAGUCCAGUGACGAGGUUGCUAACGCGGCUUUGGAUUGUGCUGAAACAUUCCUCACUGUCAGCGGAAUAUUUUUGAAACCAACCACACACAAGAUAUUCCAAGAACGCCUAGUACGUGAAUGUUACAACUUGGAGUCGUACAGCCCGGAGCGCUCCAUGUGUUUACUCCGAGCGUUGGAGGCGGCGCGCAAGAACACGCCGACCAACGUCCCGCCGCCCACUCAGUACUGUCUGCAGCUGUACAGUGUGCUCGUUAACAGUCAAUGUGAUCAGAUCAGGAAGCUCAGUUCACAAGCAUUGUUGGACAUACGGCUACACCUGCACUGCUCGCCACCCUCAAUCAACUUCGCAAUAGACGCGCCAACAGAAUCGAAGGCACCCAAAAAUAAGAAGGAAAUAUCCAAGAAGAACAGAGAAGCUCUUGAGGCGUUAUUAGGAAAGGAUAGAAUGCCGCCUACAGAGUCUGCAGACGACUCGACAGCACCAGCGACCAAGAAGCCACGCUUAGAUGAUGACAGGAUUAGUAUCAGUAGCGAAUCGGCCGCUUCGGUCGUAAUCUCAGACGGUACAGACGAUGAAGUCGAAGAAAUUAAUGAAGAACCAAACAAUGAUCCGGCUGUUGAAGAAGAAUUACAAAUUUUCACAGAACAAGAGGAUACUCAAGACCGAGAUGAUGGACAGAGUCAAGAAACAUUAGAUUCUCCUUGUAUGACAGUCGAUGACUCCCCGGAACCAAAUAACGAUGAACUUGAUGUGCCAAACCAAACAAAUUCCAUUUACAAUGCCAAAACACAAGUGCCAAUGAACACUUCACAUGAUACAAUAGAUGGGGAUAAAAGCCCAAACUCUUUAGAGGUAGUUUAUGAUGCUCCAAACUCGAGCAGUAAAGUAGCCAUGAUAGAAAACAUGGAUGAUGAUAAUCUGCCCAGUACUAAUGAAACGGAUGACGUGCAAAUAACUUGUGGACAAGCCGUUGUAGGCUCGCAGCAAUCAACGACGUCAAACAACGCGGUGAACAAUAUUGAAAUCGAACUAGAAAUAUCUACAACAAGCAAUGAAGUGGUGAAACCUGCAGUGACUGAGGAACUUGAGCAAUAUGAUAAUGAAGCAGCUAAUAAGAAUAUUGAAGUUACAAUAACUAGUAAAGAAGUAACGAUAGAAGACAUGUUAGCUGAUUUCGUUGACGAAGUCAAGGAUGAGCCAAGCGUAGUAGUUUAAGUUUAAUCUUUGAUAUUUAUUAUUAUAAGAGUACAUAUGUAACUGUAUCGCUUCCAUGAUUAUAUUAUUGCUUCAAAAGUAAUUAAUUUGCAUAUCAAUCAAUAAUUUCGUUUUAUUUCAA